AUGAAGUGGAUCGUGCUUGUGUUUGCAGUGAGUUGUACGGUUAGGCUUGGUUACGCCAAAAUUGACGCUAUUGCACUAAAGUUCGGCUUGAAACCAGCAGGACACCCUAACUACUGGUUACCGCAGGGAUAUAGUGAUAUUGAAAAGUGUGGAUGCCACGAGAUUGAUGCUAAACUGAGGAAGGUCGAAUCGAACCUGUUGAAGCUUAUCCUGAACCUGCGCAACAAGUAUGGUACUAUGAACAGCAAGCUGAUUGACAUGAAGAAACACGUCACGAGUGUUUCCUGGUACCUUGGUCAAACUUCAGACACCAGCGAGGACAUCAAUACACAGCUGUUUGACUCUUCGAUUACAGUUGCAAACAUCAUGCAGUCGAUCAGAGACCUUACCAUCCAUCAACAGAGACUGUUGACAAAAACCUUCCUCACUGAAUCAAUCCGCGCUCUGGAGAAACGUCUAGAAGGGAAAAAGCCUCAACAGCCAGAAGGCGACAUCAUCUACACAUCUUGUGACGAUGAGCGGAUCACCCAGACUGGCACGUACUUGGUGCAGGACGCAUUCGCCGAGCCCACCAAAGUGAUUUGCGUACUCGAUUAUGGACCGGAUGCAUACACUGUGAUCCAAAACCGUCUGGAUGGCUCUAUCGAUUUUUACCGAGGCUACAGCGACUACAGAUCUGGCUUCGGAGAAUACGACGGUGGUGAUUACUGGUUGGGACUAGACCGCAUCCACAAUAUUACCACUUCCGGUGAUUACGAGUUGUUAAUCUUACUGGAGGACUUCGAGAAGAAUGUAGCCACUGCUCGUUAUGAUAACUUCGAAAUUGGCUCUGGAAACGACUUCUAUCCAAUCAUCAAGUUGGAUGGAUACAGUGGCACUGCUGGUGACUCAUGGUCGGCUCAGUUCUCGGCUCGACUCGGUCUCGGAUCUGUGGUCGGCGCACUGUUCAGUGCGUAUGAUCAGGAUCAGGACAAAAGUGAUACUAACUGUGCCGUCUCGAACCGUGGUGGUUGGUGGUACACUGACUGUGGCCAGAGCAACUUGAACGGUCUCUACUUGAAGGGUGUAUCUGGUGACACCACCGGUAUGUAUUGGGAGACUUUCCGUGGACCCAACUACAGUUUGAAAACAAGUCGAAUGAUGGUCAAGCGCAAGCAAAUGCCAACCACUACAGAAACAACGACCACUUCCACUACCGUGACUACGGAAACUACAGUCACGACAACAGAAUUGGUCACUGAAGCUACACCAACUACUACCACUUCUACUAGCUUAGGCCCUGAAACUACGGUCACUACUACAGAAAUGGGCACAGAUCCAACACCAACUACUACUACUUCUACUAGCUUAGGCCCUGAAACUACGGUCACUACCACAGAAACAGAUUCAACACCAACUACUACUAGCUUAGGCCCUGAAACUACGGUCACUACCACAGAAAUAGGCACAGAUCCAACACCAACUACUGCUACUUCUACUAGCUUAAGCCCUGAAACUACGGUCACUACCACAGAAAUAGGCACAGAUCCAACACCAACUACUACUAGCUUAGGCCCUGAAACUACGACAACCAUAGAUCCUGUAUAUCCUGAAACUAUCGUCAUAACAACCGUAAAUCCUGAAACGCCCCCAUUGACAACCAUCGCUCCUGAAACUCCUGCGAUGACAACUACAACCGUUGUAAACCACACUACUAAGGUCCCAAUCGUCGAAACUUCCCCAGUGACAGCUGAAGUAACCGAAUCUACUAUUGCCAUCACAACCAAUGCUGUUGAAACCACCACAAUGCUAGAUGAGGCAUAA